AUGUUUGUCGUUUUUCGAGAGUCAUUGGCUCAAUUUCAGACCAUGAUUAUGUUAAUUUUCAUACUGGUCUGGGGACUCUUAAGUGGACUUGCAGCUUCUACAACUUCAACUGAUAUCAACGCAAAUUUCUUUUAUCUUACUCUUGAUCCAAAUGCAACAAUAACAACUUUCCAAAGUAUUCAAGUGGUUCCCUCCUCCUCCAACGCACUAGUCAUCCCAGGCAAUGUUCAAGCUAUAUGGCCUGCGCUUCAAAACAAUAAAGGUAUUAUUCAAACCGUGGUUGCAAACCAAGGAAGCAUCGGAGAGUGGUUUUACAUUGGAUUAGAAUUUUGUUGCACACCUGAAGACUGGCAAGCUGAUAAAGCUCAGCAGGUAUAUCCAGGAGAUCGUAUCACUACAAAGUACCAAUUGAUGAGUGCAAGUACUGGAGUAUAUAAUGUUACAUGGAAGGUUGAGAGGGGUUACUCCGGUAUUCAAGCUGCCGAGAUGUCCUUUACUGCAGAAUCUCUUUUCAAUCCUCAAGAGCAUCAAGUAGAAUAUGCUAACGAGGAUAAUCAACAGCAACCCCUGGCACUUUUCGCAAUCGAAACACAAGGAGGAAGUAAGUGGGACUUUGGGCCAGUUCAAUGGGACCAAAUCACUAUACAAGCCGACACCACUAGAAUUCACGGACCUACCAAUAAUACGGACUUCCAACAUUACUUUUCCACUCCCACGGUUUUCGUCUCCGACAAUCAAGUAAUCUGCGAAUAUUCUUCGCUGAUCUUUGGUGACACAAAACCACCUGCAGCUCUCUCAUCUCUCGCAACCUCACACACUGAAUCUGGACCCACCACACAAGAUCUGGUUUUCUCACCUACCACAAGCUCAAAAGCUGCAGUUUUCGUAUAUCGUCAAGAGCCACCUCUUCCAACACCAAGUCUCGAUGGCCCAGGUAAUGCUCCCACCUCGACGCUCUCGAACGGCCUUCCAGAUCCCUCCUAUUCUGCGCUUUCAGCUUCCUGGGAAUCAGCCAAUAACUACUUCAGUUCCUACAAUUCAGUCCAAAUGUCUAAAUACACCGUCGCACUAGAAGUCGAUCUGAAGAGCGUCUUUGGAACUACUACCAUCACGACGGUGGAUGGGGAUAGUGCGUUGACUACCAUCACAACAGAUAACUACAAAGCAUGGGCUACCGCUUACGCCGCGGCACAUGGAAAUGAAACGGGUAAUUCUACAAUUGCGGAUGCUGAUCAAGAUGCUGUCCACCUUGUUCCGAUGCCCCUUCCGUGGUUAAUGGCUAUGCUUGUCAUCAUGAGCUCGGUGAUCGUGGGUGCUGCUGCUUUUUUUAUCUACAGGCCUAGACACAGGGAGGUUUCAUGA